AUGUUCGUGCGCCUUACGCUUCUUUUUGGCGCCCUCGCCUUCGCCCGGGGGUCGGGCGAGGACUUCACAUUUGGGACGUUCCCUAAUGAUUUCCUUUGGGGUUUUGCAAGUUCGGGGAUGUUCGAUAAAGACCCAAGCCAUCAUGUGUCGUCGGAGGAAAUUGACAACAGUAUCGAUACAGCCAAAUUCCUUGGGGUCUCACAUUAUCACUUCGCCCUGAACUGGUCAGCGCUGGGGAAAGAAAAGAAUAUCCCAAGGGAUAGCCCCAUCUUGGUUUAUUAUAAUCACGUGAUCAACGCGACAUUAUCAGCUGGUAUGACACCAGUGGUGACGUUACUCACAGGAGAACUUCCUGCUCAUCUACAAAAAAUUGGCGGCUGGCUGAACGCCUCUACCAUACGUCACUUCCGGGACUACGCCAGCCUCUGCUUUGAAGAAUUUGGAGAUAGAGUCAAUUUCUGGGUCACAGUGCAAGAACCUUAUUCCAUAAUAAAAUCUGGGCUAGAUGAAACUAUAGAAGAUUUUACUACUCUACAUUCCAAAGCCACUAAAAAUUUGAUUACAGCACAUAACGAAGUGUACAAGCUGUACAAAACCGACUUCGAACAAGCAAGGGGAGGACAAGUAGGCAUUACUUUAUCUACCAGAUGGUUGGAGUCACGUGAACCUCACGUGCAUGCUGACGUGAUGGAAACUUCUACGUCAUGGGAGAGUGACGAAGGAGACUUGCUUUCUCAGCUUCUACGAAACCACACCACUGACUUUCUGGGUGUGCAGUACCAUACGGCUGACCAGUCACUGUUGUCUGGACAUGAAACAACCGAUAACGACAGACAAAAAGAAGCGGCUAGUUCUCCACAAAGUUUACGACAGCUGUUGAACUGGCUUAAGGGAAUAGAUCGAGAACUCCCAUUAUACGUCAUGGCAUAUGACGCUUGCGCAGAUGGAGCUAUCAGCUCUGGGGAUUUGGAGGGAGUGGAAUGGUAUCGCGACCAUUUAGAUGAGAUAUUAAAAGCAAUCACUAUUGACGGCUGUUUCGGAGUGAAAGGAUUCUUAACUAUUUCUCCUAUGGCAAUGUAUAAUGAGAUGGAAAACAGAAUAGCUGGCACAUCCCUACCGAAAGCUUUCGAACUGUACCUUCAACAGGUUGUCAGCGACAACGGAUUCACAGAAGGCUAUAACAUGAUAGGUGGUAUGGCAACAGGCCGCGUUGCUAACGAAAACACCAUGCUUUUUGGCAAAUUUCCAGAGGGCUUCCGAUGGGGAGCGUCCACCUCCGCUUACCAAAUUGAGGGAGCAUGGAACGAGGAUGGGCGUGGCCCGACCUUUCUGGACAGGAUUUCGCAUAGACACAGUAGUGGUGCCAUCAUUGACAACUCUACAGGGGACGUGGCGUGUGACAGUUACCAUAAGUACAUGGAAGAUAUCAAAAUCCUAAGAGAAACAAAGGUGACGACGUAUCGUUUUUCAAUCUCAUGGGGGCGAAUUUUUCCGCAUGGCGCCAACCACACCGUGAAUCAGUUAGGAGUAGACUAUUACAACAAGGUUAUUGAUGCACUCUUAGCUGCUGGAAUUGAACCUAUGGCCACCAUUUAUAAAUAUGACAUGCCAUUGGAUCUGGUAGAUGCUGGUGGAUGGACAAAUCAGGAUACCAUCGAACAUUUCAAAGAAUACGCAAGAGUCUGUUUUCAGGAAUUUGGAAGCAAAGUGAAGACAUGGUUUACCAUUAACGAACCGUAUCUGAUGAGUCAAAUGGUAUAUGCUGACAAUGGUUCGGGAACAAAUGAUUACAUCGCUGCUCACAACAUGAUCCUGGCCCACGCCGAGACUUACCGCAUGUAUGAGAGAGACUUCAAGCCCACACAAAAUGGUCAAGUAAGUUUAGUGCUUUACUCGGAAUGGAUGGAGCCGAAAAAUGCUGAAGACCCCUCGGAUAUCGAGGCAUCGGAGCGAGCGAUGCAGUUCAAGCUCGGAUGGUUUGCAGAGCCAAUAUUUGGUAGCGGUGACUACCCAGCUGUCAUGAAAAGUCGCGUGCCUGAGGCUAGAUUACCAGAGUUUACAGAUGAUCAACGUUCAAUGAUCAACGGAUCGGCCGAUUUCUUUGCCAUCAACAUUUACACCGCGGCUUUGGUAGCAUCUGCCGAUCCGACCGAACUGAAGACUACAUUCGAAAAAGAUGCUGGUUAUGUUCUCAGCGCAGAUCCCUCGUGGAAAGUAAAAUGUGGAGAUAGAAUGUAUUCAACCCCAUUCGCCGUACGUAAAAUGCUGAACUGGAUCCGCACCAAAUACGGAGACAUUCCAAUUUUGAUAACAGAAAAUGGGGCAUGUGAUCAGAGGGAUGGUAUCGUUGAUCCCGAUCGAAUAGACUUCUUACGAAGUUACACCAACGAGGUACUGAAAGCGAUACUCAUUGACAAGAUAAAUGUAACAGGAUAUCUUGUUUGGAGUAUCAUGGAUACCUUUGACAUCACUUUUGGUUACCAAAAUAAAUAUGGACUGUAUCACAUCGACUUCAGCGACCCUAGUCUGACUAGGAUUCCGAAGCAUUCCGCCUCCUUCUACCGACAACUUGUGUCGGAGAGUGCAUUCCAGCAUGGCUAUCCUGGAAUAGGUGGACGGGGCGUAGCUCCGGAAAUGGAGAAUGAGUUCCUGUAUGAUGUUUUUCCGGAUGAUUUUGUUUGGAGUUCCGCGACAGCAGCCUAUCAGGUUGAGGGAGGCUGGAAUGAGGAUGGUCGUGGCCUGUCCAUCUGGGACGUUUGGGCACAGACUCCAGGGAAGACAGCCAAUAAUGACAACGGCAAUGUGGCCUGUGAUAGUUACCAUAAUUACAAGGAGGAUAUCCAGCUGCUUAAACAACUCGGGGUUUCCCACUACCGUUUCUCCAUCUCAUGGCCACGUGUUUUACCCGAUGGAACUGUGUCCAGUGCGAAUCCCAAGGGAAUCGAAUAUUACAACAAUCUAAUCGACGGUCUGCUGGCAGAAGGUAUCCAGCCAAUGGUCACACUUUACCACUGGGACCUUCCACAGGCUUUACAACUCAAGUACAAUGGAUGGCUCAAUGAAUCAAUGAUUGACAUUUUCGCUAACUAUACAGAUUUCUGCUUCAAACAGUUCGGAAACAGGGUAAAAUUCUGGAUUACCUUUAAUGAGCCUUGGAUUGUGUCGUGGUUGGGGUACAGUGUAGCCGUAUUUGCUCCGGGUAUGUACGGACCUGGAACUAACGCGUACACUGUCAGUCACCACCUGAUCCUGUCACAUGCAAAAACCUGGCAAAUCUACAACUCCACCUACCGGGAAACUCAGAAAGGACAGGUGGGUAUAACGUUAAAUGCUGGUUGGUCGGAGCCACAGGACCCUUUCAACCCCUCCCAUCUUGAAGCUGCAGAGAGGGCGACCCAGUUUGACUUCGGCUGGUUUGCUAACCCUCUCAUUCACGGAGACUAUCCUGAUGUCAUGAAGUCGCAAGUUGGAAAGAAGAGUGAACUGCAGGGUUUUAACAAAUCACGACUUCCGGAGUUCACAGCCACUGAAAAGAUGAUGAUAAAAGGCGCGACAGAUUUCCUUGGACUCAAUUUCUAUACGUCUGGCCUGGUCCAUCCUGAUGUGAAAGACAUCAACGAUAUAAGUUACGACGCGGAUAAAGAUAACGGUGGUUCCAUAGAUCCGAAAUGGCUGGGGUCGGGGUCAAACUGGUUAUGGGUGACUCCGUGGGGUAUCCGGAAAAUGUUGAACUGGAUCAAAAACCAUUAUGGAGAUACGCCAGUGUAUGUGACGGAGAAUGGUGUGUCAGAUCGGAAUGGGUCGUUACCAGACGUACACAGAAUUAACUACUACAGGUCGUACAUUAACGAGGUGCUGAAAGCUCGAAAACUCGAUCAAGUCAAUGUAAAGGGAUAUACAGCCUGGUCGCUGAUGGACAAUUUUGAAUGGGGUAGCGGUUACGACGAAAGAUUUGGCCUUCACUUUGUCAACUUCAGCGAUCCUGCUCGAUCCAGAACCCCAAAGGAGUCGGCCUUUUUCUACUCUCAGGUUAUCAAAGACAACGGUUUCCGGCGAGGUGCUGUAACGGCCCCUGGCGUUAUAACUACCAUUCCUUCCGAAAAUGAGUUCAUUUAUGGAGAGUUCCCGCAGGAUUUUGUAUGGAGUGCUUCUUCAUCGGCCUAUCAGGUUGAGGGAGCGUGGAAUGUGGAUGGACGAGGUGAAAGUAUCUGGGAUUCCUACCUUCACAACCACACAACAAAAGAUAAUGCUGAUAUUGCUUGCGAUAGUUAUCACAAUUUCAAUGAGGAUGUUCAAAUGCUUAAACGACUUAGAAUGUCACAUUACAAGCUCUCGCUGUCCUGGUCACGGAUCCUUCCCACUGGUAAGGCAGGCAACAUUAACAGCCAGGGUGUGGCAUACUACCAUCGUCUCAUAGACGCUUUUCUGGAGGCCGGCAUUCAACCUAUUGUAACACUUUUCCACAAUGACUUCCCACAGGCCCUUCAGGACGAUGGAGGCUGGCUUAAUGAAACAAUGGUCAACCAUUUUGUUGACUAUGCCAACAUCUGCUUCAAGGAAUAUGGAAAUAAGGUUAAGAUGUGGUACACUAUGGAUGAUCCACACACGUUUGCUGUAUCUGGAUACGGUACCGCUUCGUCACCGCCACAGGUAUCCGGAAUCGGUACAGAUGUCUAUACAGCCGUCCACAAUCUAAUUAAGGCACAUGCUCAAGCUUACCAUUUAUAUGAUACGGAAUUCAGACAGAAGCAAAACGGAUCGAUUGGAAUCAUAUUACACGUUCAAUGGGCUGAGCCAAAACAGACAUUCAACCCUUUUGAUGUGUUGGCAUCCGAACGGUAUCUGGAUUUUAAUCUUGGAUGGUUCGCUGAUCCCAUCCUCUUGUCGGGACAAUAUCCGCCAGUGAUGGCAGCACAAAUCCAAAUGAAAAGUAAUCUACAGAACCUAACGGACAGUAGGCUACCCACGUUUACUUCUGAUGAACAACACAUGAUUAAAGGCUCUGCUGACUAUCUUGGUAUUUCGUUCUACACGUCAAGACUUGUCAGUAAUUACCAGCAGCCCGUGUCAUCCCCAAGUUACUUUGAUGACCAAGACCUCAAAACCGAAGUAAAUGAAACCUGGCCAAAGAGCGGGUCCUCAUGGUUACGUGUGACACCAUUUGGAAUGAGAAAGCUGUUGCGUUGGAUAAAAUUUAAGUACCCGGAUGUACCAGUGUACGUUGCGGACAAUGGGGUGUCCGACAAGGAUGGUUCUUUAGAGGAUGACAACCGUGUCAAGUACCACAGGGAUCACCUUGACGAGGUCCUCAAGGCCAUUAACCUUGAUGGUGUUGACGUACGUGGAUAUUCUGUAUCGUCACUGAUGGAUCAGUUUGAAUGGAACGCCGGUUACACAGAGAAGUUUGGACUGUUUCAUGUAGAUUUCACAAAUCCUAAUCGUACAAGAACCGCAAAAAAAUCCGCAAACUUUAUCCGGAACAUGGUUAGAGCUAAUGGGUUUUUUAAAGGUCCGGACCCACUGCCAUACCAGGACGAAUUUUACUAUGGAACGUUCCCAGAAGGCUUUGCGUGGAGUGCUGCCACAGCAGCUUAUCAGGUGGAAGGUGGCUGGAACGAAGAUGGAAAAGGACUAAGUAUCUGGGACACAUUCUCUCAUCAAGGACACGUAGACAAUAAUGACACGGGUGACGUGGCCUGUGACAGUUACCAUAAAUACUUGGAAGAUGUGCAGCUUCUUAAGGAUAUGAAGGUUACGCACUAUCGCUUCUCUUUGUCGUGGCCACGUAUAUUGCCAGAUGGAACUACUAACAACGUUAACCAGCUGGGUUUAGAUUAUUAUAACCAGCUGAUAGACGCCCUAAUGGACGCUGGCAUCACACCAAUGGUCACACUCUACCACUGGGACCUGCCUCAAGCCCUACAGGACCUUGAUGGAGGAUGGCUUAAUCCCUUAAUACCUGUACUAUUUGCCGAUUACGCCAGACUAGCCUUCAGGGAGUUCGGAGACAGGGUAAAGACAUGGAUAACACUGAAUGAGCCAUGGGUGGUGUCUCUCCAAGGGUACGGGCAGGGUAUCAAAGCCCCGGGACUUGUUAGCCCUGGGGACGGGGUAUACGUCGCCGCUCACAAUCUCAUUAGGGCCCAUGGCAUGGCGUACCGGGUUUACGAAAAAGAGUUUAAGCAAAUCCAACGUGGGAAGGUUGGUAUCACAUGUAACUGUGACUGGGAAGUACCGAAAAGUGAGAAUGUUCCCUCCGACCGAGAAGCAGCCGAACGCGCCCUCCAGUUCCAUUUCGGUUGGUUCAUUAAUCCAGUUUUGAACAAUGGUGAUUAUCCAGACGUCAUGAAAUGGCAAAUCGGGAACAAGAGUGAGACACAGAAUUUAUCAAAAAGCAGACUGCCUCAGUUUACACUAGAGGAGAAACAGUAUUUACAGGGAGCCACAGAUUUCGUGGGUUUGAACUUUUACACGUCUAAUCUGGCAGAAUAUUACCUGGACGAGACAUAUGCACGUGAUUAUUAUUCUGAUAUGGAUGUCCACUUGUCGAAAGAUCCUUCCUGGCUUGGAUCCGGAUCAUCCUGGCUCACGGUCACUCCGUUUGGAAUACGUCGCAUGCUGAACUGGAUCAAGAACCACUAUGGUGACGUACCGGUUUAUGUAACGGAGAAUGGAGUCUCCGACAGAAACGGCUCCUUGACUGAUGAUCAUAGAAUAUUCUACUACAAACACUACAUCAAUGAAGUCCUGAAAGCCAUUCACAUAGACAAUGUUGACGUGCGCGGUUACACUGCCUGGUCGUUGAUGGAUAACUUUGAGUGGUCGCGAGGAUAUGCCGAAAGAUUUGGUCUCCACUACGUCGACUUCACUGACCCGAAACGACCCCGUACGCCUAAAGCUUCAGUCCAGUAUUACCGACAGCUCAUCCAGGAUAACGGAUUUUACCGACUGUUGCCGACUGCUCAAAUAGCACCAACCACGCCGAAAAGUAUAUCAGGGUCAAGAUCUUUACAUCAAAUACCAUUACUUAUGGAAAAUGAUUUCAUGUACGGAACCUUUCCAAAAGGAUUUGCAUGGAGUGCAGCAACUGCGUCCUACCAGGUCGAAGGCGGCUGGCAGGCAGAUGGUAAAGGUCCUAGUAUCUGGGAUACGUUCUCUCACCAAGGUCACGUGGACAAUAAUGACACGGGUGACGUAGCCUGUGACAGUUACCAUAAAUACUUGGAUGAUGUUCAGCUUCUCAAGAACAUGAAGGUGACACAUUAUCGUUUCUCCCUGUCAUGGCCCCGAAUAUUACCUGACGGAACAACAAAUAUUAUAAACCAAGCGGGGCUGGAUUACUAUGACAAGCUUAUUAACGCCCUAGUAGAAGCUGGAAUAACACCGAUGGUAACACUCUACCACUGGGACCUGCCCCAGGCUCUACAGAACAGAGGUGGAGGCUGGUUAAAUGCCUCCAUAGCUGACGUUUUUGCCGACUACGCCAAAUUUGUUUUCGAGAAGUUUGGAAACAGAGUGAAAACAUGGAUCACACUUAAUGAGCCAUGGGUGGUGGCUAUGAAGGGAUAUGGGGACGGAAGCAUGGCACCUGGGAUUGCAAGCCCCGGGAACAGCGUUUACAUAGCUGCCCAUAACCUCAUUCGGGCUCAUGGAAAGGCAUAUCGUGUCUAUCAAAAGGAGUUCAGCCAAGUUCAAAAUGGAAGCGUGGGUAUUACAUGUAACUGUCACUGGACUGUCCCCAAGUCGGAGGGUAGUCGUUUGGACAAAGCGGCCGCCGAGCGCGCGCUCCAAUUCCAACUAGGCUGGUUCGGGCAUCCUAUUCUCGUCAAUGGCGAUUACCCGGAUGUCAUGAAAAGGCAGAUUGCUAACAAAAGUGAAGCACAGAAUCUUCCAAAUAGCAGACUCCCACAAUUUACAUCAGAAGAGAAGCAAUAUUUAAACGGCUCUGCUGAUUUCAUUGGACUUAAUUUCUACACUUCUGACGUCAUACAGCAUUAUGAAGACCCAGACUUACCAUUGGAUUAUUACUCAGACAUAGAUGUCAAAAUCUCCAAAGACCCUUCUUGGCUCGGAUCUGGAUCUGAUUGGUUGAAAGUGACCCCUACUGGGAUACGCCGUAUGCUGACAUGGAUGAAGGACCAUUAUAAGGAUGCCCCUAUCUACAUUACAGAAAACGGGGUGUCCGACAGGAAUGGCUCGCUGCUAGACGAACAUAGAAUAAACUAUUACAAACAUUACAUCAACGAAGUCCUAAAAGCAAUUCACCUGGAUAACGUGAAUGUACUAGGCUACACUGCCUGGUCGUUGAUGGAUAAUUUUGAAUGGUCGCGAGGAUACGCGGAGAGAUUUGGUCUCCAUUACGUGGACUUUUCCGACCCAAAACGACCUAGGACACCUAAAGCCUCGGCCCAGUACUAUCGGCAGCUCAUUGAAAACAAUGGAUUCCAGGAGCUUCAAUCGAAACCUGCACCUCAGACAGAAGGAAGUGAAUUCUUCUAUGGAACUUUCCCGGAAAAUUUUGCAUGGAGUGCUGCGACUGCAGCGUACCAGGUAGAAGGUGGCUGGAAGGAAGACGGAAAAGGGCCGAGCAUUUGGGACACGUUCUCUCAUCAUGAUCACGUGGACAAUAAUGAUACUGGCGAUGUUGCUUGUGACAGCUACCAUAAAUACCUUGAAGAUGUCCAGCUUCUCAAAGAUAUGAAAGUAACACACUAUCGCUUCUCCCUGUCAUGGCCCCGGAUAUUGCCAGAUGGCACUACUCGUCACGUGAACCAAGCAGGUAUAAAUUACUAUGACCAGCUGAUUGACGCCUUAAUUGACGCUGGAAUCACACCAAUGGUCACGCUCUACCACUGGGACCUACCUCAGGCUCUACAGAACCAAGGUGGAGGCUGGCUGAACGCUUCAAUAGCCGAUGUUUUCGCCGAUUACGCCAGACUAGCUUUCCAGAAGUUUGGAGACAGGGUAAAGACGUGGAUCACCCUAAACGAGCCAUGGGUGGUUUCUGUCCAAGGGUAUGGACAGGGUAUCAAAGCCCCGGGACUUGUCAGCCCCGGAGACGGGGUAUACGUCGCCGCUCACAAUCUCAUUAGGGCCCAUGGGAAAGCCUACAGGGUGUAUGAAAAAGAGUUUAAGCAGAUCCAGCAUGGGAAGGUCGGUAUCACAUGUAACUGUGACUGGGAAGUACCGAAAAGUGAGAAUGUUCCCUCCGACCGAGAAGCAGCCGAACGCGCCCUCCAGUUCCAUUUCGGUUGGUUCAUUAAUCCAGUUUUGAACAAUGGUGAUUAUCCAGACGUCAUGAAAUGGCAGAUCUUAAAGAAGAGCAUCACCUUGCAGAAGUUAAAGCAAAGCAGACUGCCAGAAUUUACCAACGAGGAAAAAGAAUAUUUGAAAGGUGCCACCGAUUUUCUCGGUUUGAAUUUCUACACCUCAAACCUAGCAGAAAAUUAUAUCGACCCAUCCACUCAGGCCGAUUAUUACGGCGACAUGGAUGUCAAGCUUUCUAAAGACCCGUCGUGGCUUAGGUCCGGAUCAUCCUGGCUCACGGUUACUCCGUUCGGAAUACGACGCAUGCUGAACUGGAUCAAAGAUCACUAUGGUGACGUACCAGUAUAUGUAACGGAGAAUGGAGUCUCCGACAGAAACGGCUUUUUGACUGAUGAUAAUAGAAUAUUCUACUACAAACACUACAUCAAUGAAGUCCUGAAAGCCAUUCACCUAGACAAUAUCGAUGUACGUGGGUAUACUGCCUGGUCUCUGAUGGAUAACUUUGAGUGGUCCCGAGGAUACUCGGAGAGAUUCGGUCUCCACUACGUCAACUUUACCGACCCGGCGCGGCCUAGGACGCCAAAGGCCUCUGCCAAGUAUUACCGGAACAUCAUCCAGGACAACGGCUUCAUCCCUGGUACAGAGACUGCGCCUACAAGUUCAUCCCCAUCGCCAAUGAUACAAAAGAGAACCUUGGAAAAAGAGAAUGUCUUUGUGUAUGGUCUAUUCCCACAAGAGUUUGCAUGGGGUGUGACAACAUCCGCCUAUCAAACAGAGGGAGCAUGGCAUGAGGACGGUAAGGGCGCAAGUAUAUGGGAUGUUUUCACACAUAACCGUAAAUCUCCUAAUUAUGACACUGGAGAUGUCUCUUGUGACAGCUACCAUUACUGGCGGGAUGACAUUACUAUACUGAAGAAACUCAAGGUAUCAAGUUAUCGGUUUUCUAUCUCCUGGUCUCGAGUUUUACCUACUGGAUCAGCCAACAACGUUAGUAAAGCUGGUAUGGAGUAUUACGACCAGUUGAUCGACGCCCUGGUGGAGGCUGGGAUCGCUCCCGUAGUAACACUUUAUCACUGGGAUCUACCACAGUUCCUGAAUCAAACUGGAGGAUGGCUUAAUGACGAUAUCAUCACACUGUUUACUCACUUCGCUGACCUUUGUUUCUCACGGUUUGGUAAUCGAGUAAAGACUUGGAUUACAAUAUCAGACCCCUAUUCCAUAGCUGUAAAAGGAUAUGGACAAGGAACCUUGGCCCCUGGAGAGAUGAAUCAGGACGUGUACAAAGUUGGGUACAACCUCCUACUAGCUCACGCUGCAGUUUACCAUUUGUACAGCCAGAAAUACCUACCUUAUCACAAAGGUAAAGUGGGGAUAGCACUCACUGCACCAUGGGCUGAACCAUUGAACAAAUCACACGAAGAAGAUGUGCUGGCAUCAGAACGCGCGCUUCAAUUCAUGCUCGGAUGGUUUGCCAACCCAAUAUUCAAGGACGGAGAUUACCCCGAUGUGAUGCGAGCAUCCGUACUUAAGAAUAGUUUGAUGGAAAAUAACCUCGACAGUAGAUUAAUUAAAUUUACGGCACAGGAUAAAAUAAUGUUACAAGGUUCUGCUGACUUCUUAGGACUCAACUACUACAACUCCAUAGCGGUCAAACGAAGUCCACAAUCACAGACUCUGACUUAUUUCUCGGAUAUGAAUGUUGAUAUCAGUGCUUCCAUCCCAUGGCAAACCACUGGCCAUAUGACGAAACCCCCAGAGGGACUACGACGGAUUCUUAACUGGAUCCACCAAUCAUAUUCCUCGGUGCCGAUUUACGUCACAGAAAACGGGAUGUAUGACACGACUGGUACAAUGGAGGAUACAGAUCGGGAGGAGUAUAUAAGACAGCACACCAAUCAACUGGUUAAAGCUAUAAAUCUGGACAGAGUCAAUGUCCAAGGAUAUUUCGUCUGGUCAUUGAUGGACAAUUUUGACUGGGAACAUGGAUAUACACGGAAAUACGGACUUUACCACGUGGACUUUGAGAAGACAAAAAAGACGCGCACAGCUAAAAGGUCUGCAAACUUUUAUAGACAGCUUAUAGCCGAUAAUGGUUUCCAUGACAACAAUACAAUGACGUCAAAAGCACCUCUCGCUGUGGUCACAACAACUCCUAAACAAAACCACGGAAUAUCCGGGACAUUCUCCCUUCACCAAACACCAUUACUACUGAUCACUCUUCUCACAGGAUGGACUCUUGUAUCUUCUCAUUAG